GAUUCGAGAUGCAAAACACCGAGCUAGAUCAGAGCUCGUCACGGGGGAUCUAUUCAGCGCAGAGCGCUUGUUCUGUACCCUAGACUUGGAAGAAUUUCGGAAAAACUUCACAAACAGACUUGACAAAUUGCCUGUGGAGAUUUCGAAAGAAAUGAUGCAGGCGAGACCUUAUGUAAUUGACAGGAUUGAUGGAAAGGCGCUCACUGAGUUGGAAUUCAUUGAGAGAUUUGAGAAACCAAGCAUGCCUGCAAUAUUCACACAUCUAAUGGAUGACUGGCCAGCUUAUCAGGGCAACACCAAAUGGUCCACUCUUGCCUGGCUCUAUAGAAAAUUCAGCAAACUGAAGUUUAAAUGCGGCGAAGACGACAAAAGAUGUCCCGUAAAAAUCAAAUUGAAGUACUACCUCCAAUACAUGGUUUCCACUCGGGAUGAUUCUCCACUUUGCGUGCUUGAUUCCAACUUCGGAGAAGAUCCGAAGCGGAAGAAGCUGCUGAAUUUUUAUAAUGUGCCCAAUUUGUUCCGAGAAGAUCUGUUCCAACACACAAGAGAGGGAAAGCGACCGCCCUAUAGGUGGAUAGUGAUUGGUCCUCCGAGAUCUGGCACUGGAAUCCACAUUGACCGUCUGGCCACUUCUGCCUGGAACUCUUUGGUCCGAGGAGCCAAGCGGUGGUGUCUGCUGCCGAACGAAGUGCCCGGACAUCUUUUAAAACCACAAUAUAGUGACAACUGUGGGAAACAAGAGGCCGAGGCGGUGACGUGGUUCCGUUUCGUACAUCCCAGAGUAACCAGUGCCGCCUGGCCAGCCAAAUGGAGACCCAUAGAGUUCGUACAGCUCCCUGGGGAAACGGUAUUCAUACCAGGAGGUUGGUGGCACGUAGUAUUGAACCUUGACAUAUCAGUUGCCAUAACUCAGAACUACUUCAACACUGGCAACUUCAAACACGUCUGGCUCAAGACUGCCUAGGAAAGACCCAGAUUCUGCCGCCAUUUGUACCGGACACUGAUUAA